AAAUCAGAAAAGGAAAAGAAAAGCAAAUGGACUUGUUUGGUUGGGUUACCAAUGUGGGCUAAAAUAUUACAGGCCUGUUAUAUGAUUUGGGCUUGGCGGAUUCUUCCUCAUGAAGCUUCUCUCCGUGUACACCAAUGGCGAUUUUCUCCAGGUGCUUCGAAAUCCCGAAUAGGCGGUCUCACUUGAUUUCGCUGUUACCACCAUUGCUGCUUUACCCAGCGCCUUUGAUCGGUAAAGUCCCUGCUGGCGGCCAUUCGGGAUGGAGAUUCCUUCCGGUAAGAUGCCUGCACAGUGCAAUUCCACAACAGAGCUUUCAGUUGGUUAUACAUCUUUCAGCAAGUCAAACGUAGAGGUUGGAGAAGAUGAUUAUGCAUUUUCCGACCAUCCGCAAAGAUUAUCUUACUCAGAUAGGUUGAUGGAGCGCAUGGUGACUGGCAAUUCAGACGUUGAUAUCUGGAUUUGGAUUAUUGAAUACUUGGCAAAAUUUAAGAAGGAGCUCUGGAUGCUGCACGAUAUCUUUGAAAUGGGUCCUAAAGUUCCAGAUGAUCUAGGUGAACAUACGAACGAGAUGGUGGCUUUCAGAUGCUUGGCUUAUUUGUUUGAUCCUAGUCCUGGACAGAACAACAAUGUUGCUUCUGGUGUUGGGUCAAAAGUUGAGUUCGAUUUAUCUGAGAGCUGUGUAUAUGUUCUCCAAUGUAUCCUGGAUGAGAUACCCUUGUUGAACCUGAAACCAGGUGCACCGGAAUUAUUAAAAUGGAAUCCUCUACCAUUCAUUGAAAACAAGAGACUUUGCCUGCCAAAAUGCACUUUGGAACUGCUGAGAGAGGCUUCACGUAAGAAGAGUACUGGAGUUCUUCCCAGUUGUGGGGAAGAGACAAUGGGAACUGAUGGCGACAAAAACAACCAAGUUGCACUUGCUGGUGAAAAUAUUGAUGGGAGAAUGAAUGGAGAGGGAACUUCGUUUGGUCAGGGCCCUGGAUAUGGAGUUGGAGUAGUGGCAGAUGAAAAUGGAACUUCAUUCGGACAAACAGAUUUAUGUAAUGUAAUACCAGAUACCUUCGAAGAAAAUGAGGAUGGAAAUCAAGGUACCUCCAUAGUUGAUGACAUUUUCCGUGCAAAAGCCAAGGAAGCUAAGCUGGAUCCAGCAGAGGCCACUGUAGACAAUGUUGAUGUGUGUACUACAGAGGCUAAAGAAUGCUUUGACCAUUCCAAUAACCAAGAGGAAAGAAUGGAGGUGAGCAGAUCUACUGCAUAUGAUCAAAGCGAAUUUAUGGCUCCAGGGGAGCCGCAGCAGGGGACAAGCCAUGUUGAUAACAGAAAUGGUCAAACAGAAGCAUCUCAUGACAUUGAUAUUUUACCUGUAGAAAUGGCGAAUGAGAUCAAUUUUAGCACUGAUGCAGUAAAAGUUUUGGGAGAAUACCCUUCAAUUGAAGCUGAAGGAAGUAAAGAUCAAGAAAAGAACAAAGAUCAGACAGAAAUGGACGGUGUUUAUGAUGCCCUUGCAGUGAACAGCAUGAACCCGAUCCAAUACGAGGACAUUGACGGUCACUUGUCGAGCCCCUCACCAAAUAGAUACUCAUGCAAACAGUGCAAUGGAGGUGGCAAGCUGUUGUUUUGUUCUAAUGAGGGAUGUCCAGUUAUGAUUCAUGAGAAAUGCUUGGAUUCUCAUCCAACAUACGAUGACGGUAACUUCUACUGCCCUCUCUGUGCUUACGCCCUCAAUUCUUCAAAGUAUCUCAAAUUCAAAGGUCAAGUCACUGAAGCAAAGAAGAAACUAGUUAGCUUUCUUCAUCUGGUAAACUCGAGGAGGCUUAAAGAGAAGGCAAGAUCUGGAAAUCAAGUUCCUUCAAGCCACCAACAUUGAGGAUGAUUCCUGUGGCUGAAUUGAAAGUACCAGUUUGCAGGUCAGCAAGUUUAACAAGUUCGCAUCUUUUUUUAGCUUUGGAUCUCAUCACAAUCGUCAGUUUUCAUCACACAUAAAUUAUCACAUGUUUGGGUACAUUCUAGAUGCGGGGGGCAGGCAUAUCCUUAGCCGAAUAUGAUGUAAGCAGUUUACACAAAAUUG